AUGUCCAAAUCUCGAGCAGGAGCAACCAGCAGCGCGACCCAACGCGGCAUAGAAGUUCGUAGGAACCUAUUUAACCAACACCUUAGUCGUCGCCCAACAAGUAACUCCAGCUCAAAUGUGACAUUAUCGGAAACAUUUCAUCUUAGAACAGAAACUCCGUCGAUUAACCCAGAAAUAGUGGUACGUGAUCAUAACGGGGACUUUCUGAUGGAGGACAUAUCUGCACAGUCCCAACUGAACAAUCACGAAAAUAGCAAUACCGACCCCGGAGACGAAGAAAGACUACACUUAAUCAAUGCGUUCAAAAAUCAUCAAAGAGACAGAGACUGGGUUUCGUCUGAACCAGCAGUUUUACUUGAAGCUGUUAUGACGAGCCUUAAAGCUAAGGUAGCAGCAUUAUCGGAAGAUAACUGGCGCUAUGAAGCAGAUGAAGAUUCUACUACAUAA